CAAAAGAGUGACAGGUGAAGAAUAUAAUCCCUUUUUCUUAUUUCAGGUUGGAGUUUAUGCAUGAUGUUUGGCGAAAGUAAACCAUUUUAAAGAUAUUAGAAUCGUCUUUCAGUGACAGCAAAUAUAAAUACGUCAUUAAUAUGGCGCCAAAAGAGUUUAAAGUAUGAUCUUAUUUUGUUGUAAGGUUGCGCACCCGCCAGUGCAAUCGCACAAGAGAGAAGAACGCGAGCGGGCAAGGACGGAGCAGACUAUAUGUUUUUAGGUGGAACGUUGCCAAACGAGCCAGCUUGCUAUCUUUCAUGACUCAUUCUUUGAAAAUUAGGCAUAUUUUUUUUCUCUACUGGAUUUGAGGAAAACAUACUCCCAUGACAAAUCAGGACCUGAGGGAUACCACAUUGGAUUUGGACUAUUUUCGAAAUGCGACAUGGCUUUCAAAAUGAUAUUUGUUAGCUUACCUUGCUGUACCAUAGCUAGCGUACAGUAGAACCGACGUGCUGGAUGCGGCUAUCUUGCAAGCACGUUCGCUAGCUAGAGAAUUUGGAUUUAAGGAUGAUAUACUCCUAAAGUCAGCUAAAUGUAGCUAACUGCAUUUAGCUGUUACCUGCGAAUGCGGACAUCGCAGGUUUGUUGACUAUUAUGUUAUACUGUCGGAUAGACUAUCAUGGAGUAAAUUUGUCAAUUGGUACUUUUUAUUUUGACUCUUGGGAGAGCAUCUGACGUGCUGUCAACACCAUACAGCCUCGCAGGCAUAGUCCUGUCACCAACGUGAAUAGUCAGGGGGCUAACUAACUAGCUCGCUAGCUAGGGGUAAGUUGGCUACACUGGAAUUUGACCACCGUGAAAUUCACUGUCGCUAGCUACAUGUGGUUAGCUUCAAAUUAUAUCGUAAUUUCUCAUCAUCGCCCAUCGUCCAGAGUCGAGGACGUUUCGCAGCCCGAUCCUGACUGCAAUCAAGAUAAAAAGAUGGAGAGGGAGACGAAGAGGAGAAAAUACUCCAGCAGUAGCAAUGACUCGGACACCACGGACACCACUGGCAGUCAAGUGACCUCCUGGUCCAAGUCCUCCAAGAACACAGGGACCAGCAGCACCUGGGUCAGACAGGCGCACAAUAAACCCUCUGAGGAGCUGGCAACCAAGACACACUCACUGGUGUUCCGGACGGACUUCAUCACAGCCAUGAAGCUGCCAGACUCGGCCCAGCUGGGCCCCGAUGACUUCUAUGUGCUGUCAGACCCCUGGAGACAGGAGUGGGAGAAGGGGGUCCAGGUCCCUGCCAGCAUAGACGCCAUCCCAGAACCUGUCGUCAGGAUGCUACCAGAGGUGGGGCGUAUCCCAUUCUACUGGCCAGGGCAGGGCCGGGGGUGUGAGCUGGGCCUGGGUCUGGGCCAGGGGGGCAUGAAGACCACCAAUGAGCCCCAUAGCCGCUAUGACCUGGAUGACAUAGACGUGUCCUGGCUGGAGCUGGUUAACCUGGAGUUCAGAGAACUGGCGUUGCCGGAGCUGGACGAGCUGACCAUGGAGCGUGUGCUGGUGGAGCUGGAGAGCCAGUGUGAGGAGAACAUGCAGCAGGCCAUCGAGACGGAGGAGGGCCUGGGCAUCGAGUACGACGAGGAUGUGGUGUGUGACGUGUGCCGGUCCCCAGAGGGAGAGGAUGGCAACGAGAUGGUCUUCUGUGACAAGUGCAACAUCUGCGUACAUCAGGCGUGUUAUGGGAUCCUGAAGGUCCCACAGGGGAGCUGGCUGUGCCGAACCUGUGCCCUAGGGGUGCAACCCAAAUGCCUGCUGUGCCCCAAGAGAGGCGGAGCCCUGAAGCCCACCCGCAGUGGAACCAAGUGGGUCCAUGUCAGCUGUGCCUUAUGGAUCCCUGAGGUGAGUAUAGGCUGUCCAGAGAAGAUGGAGCCCAUUACUAAGGUGUCCCACAUUCCCGCCAGCCGCUGGGCCCUGUCCUGCAGCCUGUGUCGAGAACACACGGGCACCUGCAUACAGUGCUCCAUGCCCUCCUGUAUUGUGGCCUUCCAUGUGACCUGCUCGUUUGACCACGGCCUGGAGAUGCGUACCAUCCUGGCUGAGAACGACGAGGUGCGCUUCAAAUCAUACUGCCUGGAGCACAGCAGCACUACCGGCAACAGUAACCACGCUGCUGCUGUCGCCGGCAGUAACCACACCAACACCAUGACUGGUAACAGUAACCACACCAACGGCGCCCACUGCGCUGGUGCCAGCAGUAAAACGGACUGGGCCGGACACGGCAACGAGCACAGAGCCAAUGCCGGGCCGGAACACCACCAAGCGGCCAGCGAGCUGCCACCUGUGGAGCGUCCAGACCGGGACCAGAUGGAGAGAGAGAAGGCCAGCCAGCGCAAACAGAAACUACAGGAGUUGGAGGACGAGUUCUACCGCCUGGUGGACCCCAAAGACGUGGCGGAGAGCCUGGGCCUGCCGGACGCCCACGUGGACUUCCUGUACCAGUUCUGGAAGCUGAGGAGGAAGUCCAACUUCAACCGUCCGCUGGUGACGCUGAAAAGAGACGAGGUAGAUAACCUGGCUCAGCAGGAGCAGGACGUGCUGUACCGACGCCUCAAACUGUUCACACACCUACGCCAGGACCUAGAGAGGGUGAGGAACCUGUGCUACAUGGUGACGCGGCGGGAGAAGAUGAAGACUUCUCUGUGUGACCUCCAGGAGAAGAUCUUCCACCUGCAGAUCCAGCUGCUGGAGGAGGACCUAGCUGGAGAGAAAACCAUGAAGGGGCAGAAGGGAAAGCAGAACGGGGUGAAGGAGAGGGGGAAGGAGCGGCGGAAAAGCAGUCCAGAGAAGAAGAAUGAGAGGUGGAAGUGUGAGAAUGGCUCCCUCCUGAAACAGCUAGGAUUCCCCAAGACCUUCCCUCUGGACAACUCCCUGUUUGACAGCUGGCUGGCCCAGUCGGUGCAGAUCACGGCUGAUGACAUGCUGAGCAAGUGGGCCCUAGAAGCCGGGCAGCACCGUGACAAGACGGCCAGCCUGCUGUCUGACCAGCUGCUGCAGGGAGAGGAGAACCUGCUCAGCCUUAUGAUGGACCACUCCAUGAAGUCCACCUGGAAGACCCCUCAGCUGGGCCGCAAGACCCGGGGCAAGCCCCGAACCCGGGGCCAUCACUCCACCACCAACACCGCCGCAGCAACAACCGACACCCCCCCUGCUGCUGCAGCCACCGCAGCCUCCACAGCCAAGGGGGCUCUACUGGCAGAGGAGAGGCCAGGCCAUGGGGCUCGUAGAGGGGAAAGGUCCCGGGGCACCAAGGCCCUCCACCACCGCCACCCCCAGACCAGGAGCACUGAGGCCCCCCUGGACCCGCCACCGCAGCCGCCCACCUCCAAAAUGGACUCCUGUCACAUCUCGGAGGAGCGUGGCCCCUGGGACAGCCUCACGGGUACUGGGGUAGCGUCCUCCCCCCUGGCCUCCUGUUUCCCUCCAUGCAGUAGUCCUGGGACAGUGCCUGAGUGGGGGUCAGGGGGGGGUCCCAUUCCCCGCACGGCCUUACGCCUCCGCCUGCAUCGGCAGGGCAAGUCCCGGGGGAAAGGUGGGGCGUUGCAGGAAGCUGUGGAGCGCCCCCUGGAAAGGGAGAGAGAGAGGGACCCCCACCCCGUCUCCCACCCAGUGAAGGAGACAUCAUCAUCGCUGCUGGACCCCGAGACAGACUGCUACUUCUCUGACGCCGAGCAGAGCGACUCAGACACACACUCCAGCGCCCGCAAGCUUCGUCUGGCUCAGUUGCAUUCUGGGAGCGAGGACCUGCUGAGGAGGAGCGUGCUGGCUUUGUAGAAAAAACUGAGACGCGCGCACACAUACACACACCAUCGACCAGAACACACACUGUUUUCUCAGACUGACUGGAGCUCCAUCCCAGCUCCCUCUGCCACGGCUUCUGUCUUGAUAUUCAAAUUGUAGUUAUUUUCUUUCUAGAUUGAUUUAAUGAACCAAAUCUCGGUACAUCACUAGUCAUGAAUCAGUUUAUCUGCUCUGUUCUGGGGAUUUGAAUGUAGCUGCUACAUAGUUAAACAAUGAGGCUCUAGAUGUUAGUAGUUAAAGUAACAACGGCUGUAUGAUGAUGUAAGAAGAGAAAGUGGAUUUGGACUACGUUACGUUUAGGUUUUAUUUGGUUUAGAUGUAUAACACGGUGGUUAACCAUGUCAUCAACCCUUUCUAGCAACGUGGGGUCAGUGGUAACUAACCACAAGAGUUGGGGUGAAUACUUUGUGGACAUUAUAAGCUAGUUCAGGUGAAUCACUUAUUUUCAAAUGACCUAAGAUGGAUCCCAUGAUGCAAUCCCUGGGAUAUAAUGUUUAAAAAGCCUUUCAGUUCAGAAUCAGACCCAGAACAGACCCAUCAGUCUGAGAAAUAUACAGAAAAUAUCACACAAAUAUUAGCCUUUAAAAGCACAAAUAGCUAACAGGAACUGUAAUGCAAACAUUGUGCAUAAACACACUCACAUACAUAUACACCACACACAUUACACAAACACACACAUGAUUACAUUCUCAAAGCUACUCCCUCUGCAUUCAGCCGUUGUUGUAACAUACUGUUUGAGAAUUACGUCAGCUCUUCACUGACUCUGCCUCCUCUUCCGUUUGAAUCAUUGGAGAAACAAUAUUUAACGAAUUGUGUGCCUUCUGUCGCUCCCCCAAAAUGAGUUUAUCAAUCACUUCUAUAAUCUGAUUUGUUACAAUCAAAAAAGGGAAACCUGUUGUAUUGGUAAUCAAGCGUACCGAAACAGAUGACCUUAAUUGUAGUGCCUAAAAAAGGAUGUAUAUACAGCUUUUGCCAUGAAUCAACCCAACCGCACGCAAAGCCACACAGAUACACAGUUCUACCAUAUUUGUGCAAAUUGCUGCCCCAACAAAGCAACUUCUGGAGUCGUUGUUGCUCCCGUCAGACGAGUGGUAUAAUCAGCUACAGUACAGACUCCUGGAUUCUGACUUCUUUUUUUAGUUCUUUGUAAAUGUGUUUUAACUCUUGUUUUUUCGUCUCAGAGAGUUGUAUUUUAUACUUAAAGUGGUCCACAGUAUUUUCUCAGGGUUUAAAAAAAUCGAAGAAGAUAUAUAAGAAGGGUUGAAAAUGUAUUGAAAUCAAAGUUAAACCGUAAAUAUAUUAUACUAUAAAAAGGCUAUUUUAUACAUAUAAGUAUGUAUAGAAAAAGUUCCUUUGGCAAAGCUUCACUGUUUGAACUGACUACUACUGUACUGAGAGCUUUUCUCCUGUCUCAAUCAGUACACUACUACUGCUACUUCUACUACCCAACUGGCUGUCUCCUGAGUUGAUGAUGCCAAAGAACAGUGUAAAACAAACUGGGCAGCAUGCACUCACUCUGGUAGCAUCCUAAACAACACCCUAUUCCCUAGAUAGUGCACAUGGUGCCGGUUGGGACGCAGCCUCACUCUCCGGUGUCACCAUGGGAUCCGCUGAAGGACAUGAAUACGGAAAUCUACCUGAUGCCAGCAGCGCUGUUCUAGUCGAUUCAAUUGGGAGUUCUGCAUUGCUCAGGCCUGCUCUGGCCUGGUGUGGCUCGGCUUUAACACCCACCACCACUAUUCCACCUUGGACCCUCCCAUUCCCUGCUCCCUUAAGGCUGUUACUUACUGGCCCUCUGUGCCACUGACCUACUCUGGAUGGAGUGUCGCAGUUCCCCCCUGCCCCCUACCUGGGAAGAGUUGAAUGCUGCUGAACCGUGUGUGUGUGUGUGUGUGUGUGUGUGUGUGGCUGAUGGUUCAGAGCCCACUGACACCCCCAGUGCUGUUAUCACAGAGUUGGAAUGUAGAAGAUGACUGGAUUUUUGUGUUUUUGUCCGGUCCCCGGAUGGGACCCAUAUUCAGGAUGAAACCCCCUAAAACAGUGUAUUGGUCAGGUGGCUCUGUCUGUCUGUCUGUCUGUCUGCAGCCAGUCCGGUUACUUCCUUUGGCCACUUCCUUUCCAUCCACCGUAACCCUUGGAGACAGACCAGUAUAACCAUAGAAAUAGAAUGAGUAGCACAUUCUAUUCAUUCUUACUCUAUGAUUGCAACGUACGCAAUAACAACAACCAUGCUUAUUGUUGUCUGCAAAUAGGUCGUCUGGGUGGAUGAAUAGGGUUAGCGCUGUAGUAGCCUCACCGAAUCCACCCAAACACCUAGUCGUUUACGUGUUGCUAAGACGAUGAAAUGUAAACUUGGUUUCAAUAUUCAAUAUAUACACCAAUUUAGACUAGACAGUGUUUUAGACGGAGCCCUUCAUGUACGGCCCCUAACGUAAUAGAAAACAGGUUGUUAUUAUUGGAGUGGGGCAUCUACGCCCUCUUCCUCCGCUUCCUCUCAGAAACAGUAGGCUGGCAUUUUAGUGAGGUGGUGAGGUCUUUUAGUCCAGCAGGUGACUGCACUUUUCAUACAGAUUAUAGAUGGAUGGAGGGAUAGAUGGUAUUAUAUCCUCGAUGGACAGUAAUAUCCGACAGAGUACCUAUGGAUUACUAUUAUCCUCCUCAAGCAGGGUUUCUUUGCCCCAUUCCUGAGCACCCACAGGGUUGCGUGUUUUGUUCCAGCCCACACUAACACACCUGAUACAGAUCAUCAAAUUGAUGAUCAGUUGAAUUUAGGAUGUGUUAGUGCUGAGCUGGAACAAAACAUACAUUCGGACGGUUGGUCCCCUGAAAUAGGGUUGAGAAAGGAUGCUUUGGUGUAGCUGUGGAUGAAUGUCCUAGUGCUGUCUCCGUACCACCUAGGAACUGCUGCUGCUGUUGUUGUUGUUGUCGUUUGUAGCGUGAAAAGGCCAUCAGCACACUAACAGAACACAACGAUGACGUCAUUGAGAAGGAUCUCCUCUUCUGUGUUAGUUACUUCCUCCCAUAGGGAACUGGUUCAAGGCUGUAGUAGUUUGACUGCCGUUUACCUAUCUGGUUUUUGUAUGCACCAACAAUAGUGUAUAAUACUGUACUAGAGACCGUUUUGUUUCCUUGUUAAAAGCCUUCGCAAGCUGUUUUUGUAACGCUUCUGCCGCGGCUCAUAUAACUAGAAUGCUGACUCAUAAUCAGACCAACUGCUUCCUUAUUGGCGCUUUAGCACUCUGACAGUUGACGGACUGCUUCCACACAGUGAAGUAUGGUUCCAAUCCAACACCCACCCCACAGACUAGGGUUCUGUCUCACUCCCCUCCCUGCUUCAGUGUUCCGCCAGCCCGCCUUGACUCCUUCAUUGUUUUGAAGCACAGCAGGAUCAAAGGAACAGACUUUAAGGUCAAAUAAUGACAUGCAUGUGUAGUGGAGAGAGCGUUUGUCACUCUGCUGCUUAGAGAGAGUGUUUGCGCCCUGUCCACACAGUGUACUUAAACAGGCAGGGAAUCUGAACAACACCCGUCUCUCCCUUUUUCUGUGUGGCACACAAACUCAGUGCAAACACUUCUGUUUUUACUGGAGCUCAUUUUAUUUGCUUUCUUUGCAUUUGUUUUAUACAACCAGAGAGAAAAUUAUUUGAUAAAACAAAAGGGGGAAUUGCUAAUUGCAGUUUAAAUGGUCAGGCCGGCUCCCCAGUAGGCUGAUAUUUCAAUUAGCCAGGCCGGCUCCCCAGUAGGCUGAUAUUUCAAUUGGCCAGGCCGGCUCCCCAGUAGGCUGAUAUUUCAAUUGGCCAGGCCGGCUCCCCAGUAGGCUGAUAUUUCAAUUGGCCAGGCCGGCUCCCCAGUGGGCUGAUAGUUCAAUUGGCCAGGCCGGCUCCCCAGUAGGCUGAUAUUUCAGUUGGUCAGGCCGGCUCCCCAGUAGGCUGAUAUUUCAGUUGGUCAGGCCGGCUCCCCAGUAGGCUGAUAUUUCAGUUGGCCAGGCCGGCUCCCCAGUAGGCUGAUAUUUCAAUUAGUCAGGCCGGCUCCCCAGUGGGCUGAUAGUUCAGUUGGCCAGGCCGGCUCCCCAGUAGGCUGAUAUUUCAAUUGGCCAGGCCGGCUCCCCAGUAGGCUGAUAUUUCAAUUAGCCAGGCCGGCUCCCCAGUGGGCUGAUAGUUCAGUUGGCCAGGCCGGCUCCCCAGUAGGCUGAUAUUUCAAUUAGCCAGGCCGGCUCCCCAGUAGGCUGAUAUUUCAGUUGGCCAGGCCGGCUCCCCAGUGGGCUGAUAUUUCAAUUAGCCAGGCCGGCUCCCCAGUGGGCUGAUAGUUCAGUUGGCCAGGCCGGCUCCCCAGUGGGCUGAUAGUUCAGUUGGCCAGGCCGGCUCCCCAGUGGGCUGAUAGUUCAGUUGGCCAGGCCGGCUCCCCAGUGGGCUGAUAGUUCAGUUGGCCAGGCCGGCUCCCCAGUAGGCUGAUAGUUCAGUUGGCCAGGCCGGCUCCCCAGUGGGCUGAUAGUUCAGUUGGCCAGGCCGGCUCCCCAGUGGGCUGAUAGUUCAGUUGGCCAGGCCGGCUCCCCAGUAGGCUGAUAGUUCAGUUGGCCAGGCCGGCUCCCCAGUGGGCUGAUAUUUCAGUUGGCCAGGCCGGCUCCCCAGUGGGCUGAUAGUUCAGUUGGCCAGGCCAGCUCCCCAGUGGGCUGAUGGUUCAAUUGGCCAGGCCGGCUCCCCAGUGGGCUGAUAGUUCAAUUGGCCAGGCCGGCUCUCCAGUGUGUGAACAGCGUGCAGCUGAAGCCUGAUAGAGACCUCUUGUCCUCUCACUUCCUCCAUGGCGAACGCUCACAGGAAACUAACCCCUGUUCUCUGGCAGCACAGCGGCCGGGUCUCAAAUGGUACAAUAUUCCUUUUAUAGUGUACUACUGGCCUUGGUCAAAAGUAGUGCACUAUCAAGGAAAUAGGAUGCCAUUUGGGAUGCACACAAACUAUUUCUGACCAGCAGGGUCACAGAAUGUGUUGCUCUCAUUAAAACCAAUAGUUCCCCUCCAGAAGUUAGAGGCUCAAACUUAAAAAUAAAAUAAAAAUGUAAUCCAAUGACAUUUCAAAUGUUUUUUGCGAUGUUCGUUUCCUGACCUGUAUGCACUUAUGAGUCCAUUUCCAGGAGAUAAGGUUUAAUAUCCAGAACCACAGCUGCUCCUCCUAAGGUUGGGCCAAUUUACCAUUAGUGUCUCUGCAAGCGAGCCAAGCUCAGAUUUUUUGCAGUUUUUGUAACUGAUCUGGCAUCACUUUUCUGCCUCCAAAUUCAGGCUACAUCCCAAAUGGCACUGUAUUCUCUAUGAAGUGCACUACUUUUGACCAGGGCCCUUAGGGCUCUGGUCAAAAGUAUUGCACUAGGGAACAGGGUGACAUUUGGGAUGUUAACUCUCUAAAUACCUGUCCUGUAUCUCCUACUGGUCACAUCCAUCAUUUUGAUAGGAGUCAGUGAUCUCUCUUAUCGAAGCAGACUCUGACAUGGUUUCCUCCUCCCUCCUCCACCUGCCUGUGUUAUUUGUCCUUAAAAGGCGCUGAAAUCUACUGCUGCCGUGUACAAUUCAAUUCCUCACCCAUUUUGGCUCUAUCUGCAUCAGUUAUACAAUACGAUAAUAUGAAUGUUGCAGGAGUUUAUCCUGCUGUAUUUUUUGUUUCAAAGAAUAUUGUGCCAUUUGUUAAUAGCAAAGAUAAAUAUUGAACAUAUAUUAAAAAGGAAAGCUAUUUUAAAUUAUUUUGGGGCUUUUUUUUGCAAUAUUUAUUUUCUUGUAUUAGAAUCUUCUUUGUAGGAGGAAAAAUUAAACAUGUAUUUUUCAUUAGUGCAAAAACCUAUUUUUCCUUUUUGUACAAUUUCAAUGUUAAGCAAAACAUUAAAAAGCAAUAUGAUGUUCCAUGUGACUGUAUCUGCAUGCUGUUUGUGUUGCCUUGACGACGGCUGCGUCCACUAUGACCCUGUUCCCCCCUCCUCCCCCCGGCACUCUAGAGUGGUUGACCAGCGUAGUCAAUAAAGCAGUGCUUUCUGUGUA